CACCUCCACAGUGGUGCAUCUUGAAUGUAUCACCCAUUCACCGGCCCCAUACAUGCAGUGACACAGCAACGUUUGCCACGCUGCCGUCGGGCCGCAGGCAUGUCCGUUGGACACUCAGAGGUCAAGUCACCUUACGUGCUGUCUAGGUGCUCGUGGGGGUGUUGCUGUAGGUGAGGUGCACAUAUAAGUGAGGUCGUGCUGUGAUUCGCCCUUCCAUCACUCCUCAACCUUUCGCACCCAGUAAAAUCCAACUUCCGAAACUCCAAGUCUGAUCACGCGACACCAACAACCGUACACCAACCCUACCUCACUUCAACACAAUGGCUGCCAACGACAAGUUCAUGGGAUGGGUCGCAGACGGCCCAGACUCCGUCAAGGGCAACCUGACGUUCAAGGAGUUCACGCCCAAGAAUUGGACCGAGACUGACAUUGAGCUGGAUGUCAUUGCUUGCGGUGUAUGCGCGUCCGAUAUUCACACCAUGCGUAAUGGGUGGGGCCCCGCAGACUUCCCGACCGUUGUGGGACAUGAGAUUGUCGGCAAAGUGACUCGCGUGGGAAAAGAAGUCGAUGACCCCAUCCAAGUGGGCGAUGUGGUGGGCAUCGGUGCCAUCACCGACAGUUGCAGAAAGUGUGAGCUCUGCAGGAGCGACAGGCAGUCUUACUGCCACGUUGGAGCUACAAACACAUACCAAGGCAACUACCCCGACGGAUCUGGCAAGUCGAUGGGAGGGUACGCACUCAAGUGGCGCGGUUCAGCUUACCUCGCCAUCAAGAUUCCCGACGGUCUCGACCCAGCGCUGGCCGCACCCAUCAUGUGCGGAGGCGCUACCGCUUACUCGCCCUUGCGCGACUAUGGCGUUGGAGGACCGGAUGGGAAGCGCGUGGCGAUCAUCGGUAUCGGAGGCAUUGGCGCAUUCGGCAUCGCGUUCGCCAAGGCGCUCGGAGCAACGGACAUCGUCGCCAUCUCCUCUACAGCCAGCAAGAAGCAAGAAGCCCUAAAGUUGGGAGCGACAGACUUUGUGGCGUGGAAGGAUGAAGGCGAUGAGGCAUCCAAAAAGUACAACAGGUUCUUCGAUGUCAUUCUCAACACUGCUGCGAACACGGCAUCUCCAUUCGACAAGUACGUGAUGAUGUGCAGGCCCAGAGGUCAUGUGGUCAACAUUGCAGCUCCCGAAGGUCCUUGGCCUGCCAUCCCUGCUUGGCCAAUCCUCUUCUCAGGAGCAAACAUUGGCGGAAGCGCAGUGGCUGGCAAGGCUCAGCUCAAGGAGAUGCUGGAAAUGGUCAGGGACAAGAAACCUGAAUUGAUGAUCGAGAAGCGAUCUCUCAAGGACACCAAUCAAGUCGUGCAGGACAUGGUCGCGGGCAAACCUCGCUUCCGCUAUGUGCUCGUCAAUGAUGAGGCGCCAGCUGCUUGAGAUGUUGCUCAAAACCCCGAGUCUUACCCGCUGCUCGUGCUUCUGAGGUGCUUUCCUGAAUGUCUAUCUAUUUUCAAGCCUG